CUGAAGCAGACACAAACAAACAGAGUGAGAGAGAGAGGGAGGGAGGAGAGAGAGAGAGGUAGACGCGAGAGAGGGAGGAGAGAGAGUUAGAGACAUUUGAAGCGCACAUAGAAGUGCGUAAAACGGCUGUGGAGCGCGUAAGGAACAACACUCGUGAUUGUAUGCUGAGUUUUCUUUUGCGGAUUUUUCCGCCUGUGGAGGUUUUUUAUUAGAGGGAGAGAGAGAGAGAGAGAGAGAGAGAGGACACGCUUGUGUGGAUCUUUUUUUCCUGAAUGGGCCGCACCGGGAAGGGAAGCUGCUCCUUGUCCGGGGGAAGCUGUCUGACUGGCGGCGUGGAAAUGCUCAGCUCAGACGCAGAGUGAACGAGACGCCUCGAAAUAAGUAAAGCGAUUCUUUCCCCGAGUUUUUUCUUCUUGUUUUUCGUCUAAAUAAAAGAUGGAGGUGAACAGCUUCCAGCCUCACCCUGGACUUCAGCAAACUCUGAAGCAGUUCCAUCUGAGCUCCAUGCGCUCCCUCAGCGGACCAGCGGCGUUCUCCGCCCGCUGGCCCCACCAGGAGUGCCUGUUCAAGGACGCUAAAGCCGAGAUGAUGCUCAGUCUGCCGGCCCACACUCCACCGGUAAUGUCCGGACCGCUCUUCAUCCCGUCGGACCGCUCCACGGAGCGGUGCGAGACGCUCCUGGAGCGCGAACCCAUCUCUUGCUUCGUGGUGGGCGGCGAGAAGCGCCUGUGCCUGCCGCAGAUUCUCAACAGCGUGCUGCGGGACUUUUCCCUGCAGCAGAUCAACUCGGUGUGCGACGAUUUGCACAUUUACUGCUCGCGUUGCACGGCCGACCAGCUGGAGAUCCUCAAGGUGGUGGGCAUCCUGCCCUUCUCGGCGCCCUCCUGCGGCCUCAUCACGCAGACGGACGCCGAGCGCUUGUGCAACGCGCUCAUCUAUGGAGGCUCGUACCCGCCGCGCCGCGGGGAAGGAGGCAAGGAGCGAGGCGGUGGCGGAGGUGUCAACGGCGUCGGGGGCGGCAACGGCGUCCACUUGGAGCUGGAGUGCACCGAGGGCAGCUUCCGGGUUUACCAUGAGUGCUUUGGCCGGUGCAAGGGCUUGUUUGUGCCGGAGCUCUACUCUGGCCCCGGAGCCGCCUGCGUGCAGUGCCUGGAUUGCAGGCUGAUGUUUCCGCCGCGAAAGUUCGUGGUGCACAGCCACAAGCGACUGGAGAACCGGACCGUGCACUGGGGCUUCGACUCGGCCAACUGGAGGGCCUACGUGCUCCUGGACCCGGACUACAGCGGCAAAGAGGAGAAGGCAAGCCUGGAGCGUCUGCUCAGAGACUUGAAGGGGAAAUAUGACGUGAGCGGCAAGUUGGCCAGGAAGUCGUGCAGAUCGCCGAGUCCCGUCACAUCCAAGCGGCCCAAACUGGAAAAAUUGCCAUCAGCUGACGGUGAACGUAAAGCCGAGUGGCUGCAGUCAUUGUCCAAGUCCAGACACAAGGACCACAAACAAGUCCAGCUCAAGCAGAGACCUUCGGCGUUUCGGCCUUGGUCUCCAAAAGGGUCGGAUCGGGAGAAAGCAGGAGCUCAGAGGUCCACUUUAAAGAAUCAGGAGCCUUUGGCACAAACUCCUUCAACCCCUCUGGUGCAUCCCGGGGACUGCCGUGGUCUUGGAAGAGCGAGCCCAAACAUCCAAGAAGUGCAGAAUGGCCAAGCAGCGCCACAACCCAACGACAUGGACACGGACGGAGAGAUUGAUGUGGAUGACUGUGACAGUCGUCCACUGCCGGCAUCCUCCCUAGCUUCACCCCCCUCAGCCUGCAGCAACGCCCCUCAAAGUCAGACCCCCCAGACUCGAGGGACCACUCCGCCUCAUGAAGCGCCAACCUGGCUGUGUGGGCCCGUCUCCCCCGAGGUGGACGCUCUGAGACAGACGCUUUAUGCUGGCGUGGACACAAAAGAGGCUCGAGAGAAAUUCCUGCAGGAGGUGGUCAAGAUGAGGCUAAAGCAAGAAGAAAAGCUGGCGGCCGCCGUACAGGCUAAACGCAACCUUCAGCAGGAGUUGGAGUUUGUGAAGGUGGCCAAGAAAGGCCGCCUCCGCGAGGCCGUGGAAGCCAAGAGGAACCUGCGGAAGGAGAUUGAGCGCCUCCGUGUGGACUGGGAGAGGAAGACCAGGGAGGCGGAGGAGGCGUGCGGCCGGCUCAAGAGGGAACUUGAACACGAGCGGCAGCAACGAGGCUGCGACAAAGGAUGCGAGGCAGAGCGACUCCGUGUCAAGUACUCCGCACAGAUCGACACGCUGCACUCUCAGCUCCAGCAAGCCGAGGCGGACCGCGAGCAGCUGCGACAGGAGCUGCAGCAGGAACGGGAGGCGCGGCAGAGCCUGGAGAACGCCGUCCGAGACCUGCAGUCCCAGUUGGCAGCGCAGAAAACAACGCCACACGGCACUCUGUCCUAAAGUGGAGCCAAAAAAAAAAAGACAUUCAGAAAAAAAUGAGAGUGAAUACUUU